CACUGUUUGAAAAUGAAUGUAGAUGCACACAGUAGUAGAGCGUGAGGAAGCGACCACCAUUUUUGAGCCUGCCGGCUGUAUCUGAUCGAAACGUUAACUUACACCAAAGGAAACCGCUAAUAAGCUUUUGAACCAGGAAAUCCAAAGACAGAGUUUUUCCACCUGUAGGGAUGCAUUUGACCACUUGUGAAGCACCAACCAUGUCUACAUCUGUAGUGACGGACAAUCCAGAAGACAUGAACCUCCGGUCCUAUGGAAAAGGAGACAGUCUUGCCUCCCUGGAAGAUGUCAAUACAGAGUCGAUAGCAAAUGAGUCAUCGGAGGAGGAGUCAGCAUGCGCUGGAGAAGAGCAGAUAAAUGCCAAAGCUCAACAGGCCGUGCACACAGAAUCAGGUGCCACCCCUCGUCCCGACUCUCUCUUACUUCCACCCCAGAGGACAGAGCUGUCAACCACACGCUGGGAUGGAGAGGUGAAACUCAGGAUGGGUGAAUCCGGCACCGCUGCCGAGACCCCCGUAACUGUAAACCAGAUGUUUACCACUGUGGUUAAACGCUAUGGUAACUACACAGCGCUGGGCUGGAAGGAAGGGGAACAGUGGAAAUCUAUGACCUACAAUGAAUACUACAAAUCCUGUCGCACUGCUGCCAAGAGUUUCCUGAAGCUCGGUCUUGAAAGAUAUCACGGAGUCGGUAUACUUGGUUUCAACUCCACCGAGUGGUUUAUUGCUGACAUCGGGGCUAUUUUAGCUGGGGGUUUGGCUGUGGGAAUCUACACCACCAACUCACCGGAGGCGUGCCAGUAUGUAGCCGAAAACUGUCAGGCCAACAUCCUGGUGGUGGAAAACAACAAACAGCUACAGAAAAUCUUACAGAUCCAGGAUAAACUGCCGCAUCUCAAAGCCAUUAUCCAAUACAAAGAUCAGCUGAAAGAGAAGAAGCCCAAUCUUUACACGUGGGCGGAGUUCAUGGAGCUGGGCCGCGAUGAGCCCGAUGCUCCUCUUGAUGACAUCAUCAGCUCCCAGAAACCCAAUCAGUGCUGCACGCUGAUCUACACGUCCGGUACCACGGGCCAGCCGAAGGGAGUCAUGCUCAGUCACGACAACCUGACAUGGACAGCACUUUCAACCGGCAUAGAUGUGGGUCUGACAACUGCAGAUAAGUCACAGGAAAUGGUGGUGAGCUACUUGCCGCUUAGUCAUAUUGCUGCGCAGAUGCUUGACAUCUGGAUCCCCAUGAAUGUAGGAGGAGCCACGUACUUCGCACAGCCUGAUGCACUAAAGGGGUCCUUGGCUAACACCUUACGUGAGAUACGGCCCACUGCUUUCAUGGGUGUCCCUCGCGUGUGGGAGAAGAUGCAGGAAAAGAUGAAGUCUAUCGGAGCCAAAUCGUCCACCGUGCGCCGGAAAGUGGCAUCCUGGGCCAAAGAUGUGGGUCUGCAGACCAACCUCAACAAAAUGGAGCUAAAUGGCAACAUGACCAGAAAUCCAUUAAACUAUCGGCUUGCAAAGCGUCUGGUGUUCAGGAAGGUUCGGAAAGCACUGGGGCUGGAUCGCUGUAAGAUGUGCUACACUGGAGCAGCUCCUAUUACCAAAGACACGCUAGAGUUUUUCCUCAGUCUGGACAUCCCACUGUUUGAGCUCUAUGGCAUGAGUGAGAGUUCAGGACCUCACACCAUCUCACUUCCCGAUGCCUUCAGACUAACCAGCUGUGGGAAGGUGAUUCCAGGCGUCAAAACAAAGAUUUUCAGCCCUGAUGCUGAAGGCAUUGGGGAGAUCUGUUUCUGGGGUCGUCAUGUGUUCAUGGGCUAUCUGAACAUGCCUGAUAAAACCGAAGAGGCUAUAGAUGCUGAGGGCUGGCUGCACUCGGGUGACCUCGGCAAACAUGACCAGAAUGACUUUCUGUUCAUCACUGGACGGAUUAAAGAGCUGAUCAUCACAGCCGGCGGGGAAAACAUUCCUCCUGUGCCAAUAGAAGAUGCGAUUAAAGAAGCUGUACCUCUGAUAAGCAAUGCCAUGCUCAUCGGAGACAAGAGAAAGUUUCUCUCUAUGCUGCUUACCAUUAAGUCUCAGGUAAACGGUGAGACGGGUAUUCCAGAAGAUGAACUUACACCUGAAGCGGUGGAGUUGUGUCGCAAACUCGGCAGUAACUCGACACGGGUCAGUGAGAUUGCCGGUGGGCGUGACCGCCUCGUAUACGCCGCCAUACAAGAGGGCAUCAACCGUGUCAAUGAAAAAGCCACAUCUAAUGCCCAGCGCAUCCAGAAAUGGACAGUGCUGGAACGAGAUUUCUCCAUCCCUGGAGGAGAACUGGGUCCCACAAUGAAGCUCAAAAGGCCAGUGGUUAUGAACAUGUUCAAAGACCAGAUUGAGAACUUUUACAAAGAAGUUGCGACCCCCUCCACCCCAAAUGACCCCCUGCCUCCUAAAUAAGUGCUCGACAAAAGAGAUCUGAGACAUGAUCUAACACACAUACAGAGGAACACCACUUCAGACCCUACAUUUACGUCUGCUUAUGUCUAAGUUAAUAUUUGUUCAGGGUUUUGUUUUUUCAUAUUGUUUACACUUAUUUGUAUUGUGUAUAAGAUGUAUAUAACACAACAAAAGCCAUUUGUGAUUUUUUUUGUGGUGAUUUACUAUUUAUUUUGUCUAAUUAUAAUGAAGUGCGGUUAUGCCUAAUGAAGUGUCUUUUGAGCCAUUUAAUUUGUUUAUGCAAGUGUGGCAUUCAUUGAUAUUCAUGAAUCAUUUAUUUAUGAUGUGACGUGUCACCAAAGUUUGAGAACGCGUGAUGGUGAAGACAUCAGGCGUGACUGAAUUCUUUGAGAAUUAAAUACGGAGUCUCUGACUGGGGCGUUUACUGAUAGUCAUCUGAUUAAUCUUAGUAAGAUAUGAAAGAAAUCAAUCAUUUGACAGUCUUACGGUGUGAUCUGAUUUUACCUGUUAAUGAAAGCUGUAUGUAUAUUGAGGAAUUUAAUGUAAAUGAUGUUUGUUUAGCAGGAGAAUAUCAUAUAAGCCAUAAAUGUUUUUGUUUGCUUAUUUUUGUAACUAAAUGUUUAUCUGUUUCUUUUUGCGUGUUUGAUUUUUUUUUAUUUUUGUUAAAUUACUUUGACAUUGUUUUAUAGUGUAAAUAUGUAUAACCCAUCAACUCUUCUGUUGUUGUCUUAACUGGUGCUUGGCUGAAACUCUGUCAAUCCUGCAAAUUUGGGACGUCAUUGAGUUCCAGUAUUAGCAUUAGCCUUAUAAAAACAUUGUCUUGCUAUUAUAAUCUGGAAUAACACCAAAUAUUUAUCUUGUGAAAAAGGGUAAAGACAUGAAGGAACUGACUUUUAAAAUGAGUUUUACAGAUCUUGUGCAGAGGCGAACAUUGUAUUUGCUAAAUUUUGUUGCACUAUUUUUUGCUUUGCAUGUGCAAUUAGAAAAUUUAGCAGAAAUGUCAUUUUAUUUUAUUUAUUUAUAUUUUAUUCUGCAAAGUUUAAUUGUUCAUAUGUUUAACCUUUUUCUCUUCUUUUGCAUUUUAACAAUUUAACCUUAUUUUCUUUAUCUGUGGAAAGAUUUAAAAACGACAUUUUUGUCUGCCAACUAAAGUCAAAUACUUGAAAACACAAAGAACAGAAAUGCAAAUUGCAACGCAAAUUUAUAUGAUUUUAUUUGCCUUCUGUAAAUAUAUUAGAUUUUUCCUCUUGUCUUCAAAUAUUACACCUGAUAUUACUCCGAAAUAUAUAUUCAGACUGCAUAGCAUGACAACAGUGAGGCCUUUGUGUAAAUACUGUAUAUGACUUUAGUAAUUUGAAAGCAUGAAAUAUGUACAGGACUUAGCUCAUCGUGAGAAUGAAGGUAGAAUUGAGCUAGUGAGUGAUUUCCUUUCUUCUGUCUGGGAUUUCGGGUUCAAUCAAAUUUUUCUCAUCUUUUUCAGUCCACCUGCUUGCUUUCACGAAGUCAAAGCUUCUUUUUAGACAGAAAUACUGUGACAGUAUAAUAAAAGUCUGAUCUAGAGCUAACAAGCUUACUUCUGUUUUUAGGAGCAGUUUAUUUUAAAACGACGUAAGGUCUCAGACUAUGAAAGGUUAUACCUAGUUUUACCUGACUCUGUUUGAGCUGGGUAACAAUUUGUUGUAUGUUGUGUGGCAUGUAAGGUUGUGUCACUUUCAACAAGAAAUUAAUGUUGGCGUUCUGAGUUUCACCUGUGUGAGAAUGUGUGUCUCUUUAUCUGAAAAUAAAUGUGAUGUGAAAUAUAA